AAGGCUUUCCUAUUUCGGCCAUUUCAGCGUUUAGGCCUAAAACGCAUUUAUCCUCGCCGGAGGUCAGCGACCUACUCUGUAAUGCUCGAUCUCCGUUAAUACGUCAGUCACCGACUCCGGCGUCUAUCGGUGGAUCCGAUUAUGGCCCGACUUAUUCUUACCUGGAUCUCUUUGUUAAUUUUGCAAUCGUAUUUGAUUCCGAUCGCUUUCGGGUCGAAAGAAGUCGAAGAAUUCAGCGAGGCAUUGCUGUUGAAGCCUUUGCCUGAUCGCAAAGUUUUAGCUCACUUCCAUUUCGAGAACCGAGCUCCUCCGUCAAACUCACAUGGCCGCCAUCACCAUCUCUUCCCCAAGGCUAUUUCUCAGUUGGUUCAGAAGUUUCGUGUCAAGGAGAUGGAACUAUCUUUCACUCAGGGUCGUUGGAACCAUGAACAAUGGGGAGGAUUUGACCCGCUUUCAAGCAUGAACGCGAAGCCUGUUGGGGUCGAGCUGUGGGCUGUGUUUGAUGUACCUCACUCUGAGGUUGAUACUUCUUGGAAGAACUUAACCCACGCAUUGUCAGGGCUUUUUUGUGCUUCCAUCAACUUUCUAGAAUCUUCCACGUCGUAUGCAACUCCUACAUGGGGGUUCGGGCCAAACUCAGACAAGCUGAGGUAUGGUUCACUGCCACGUGAAGCUGUUUGCACUGAGAACUUGACCCCGUGGCUAAAGCUGCUUCCGUGUAGAGACAAGGAUGGCAUUUCUGCAUUAAUGAAUAGGCCAUCUGUUUACAGAGGGUUUUACCAUUCACAGAGAUUGCAUUUAUCCACGGUUGAAUCUGGUCAAGAGGGAUUGGCUUCUGGCAUAGUGUUGGAGCAGACACUUACUGUUGUUCUUCAGCCUGAAACUCUUUUCGUUGGAACAAAUAUACAGCCAACUUGGUCCAUUAACUCCCUCUUCGGGAGAAAAGUUGUUGGAAGAUGUGUUCUUGCAAAGUCAAGUAAUGUAUAUCUUCAGAUGGAGGGUCUUUCUGGUCACGAAUCAAAGAAUAUGGAUACAGAAAUGGAAGCACACGAACUCUGGAAGAACGCAGACUUUGAAUUGUCCCUUAAGCCAGACAGGAUUCUUCGGGAAAUCAACAGCUUUCUUUUUAUAUUUGAUAUUGACAUAUCUAGUGACAGCGAGCCAUUUGAUCUUGGCCUUACUUGGAAGCUUCCCGUAAAGUGGUCAUGCCAACAAGCUCCAUUACACGCGAGUCGGUUUUUAAUGGGAAGCGGGAACGAAAGGGGUGCUAUAGCCAUCUUGUUAAAAGCGACAGAUUCGCAGGAUAAAUUAUCGGGCAGUGAUCUCACCAAUGGAUGCUGUACACUAAAAGCAAACAUUUUCCAGAUUUUCCCAUGGUAUAUAAAGGUUUAUUAUCAUACUCUUCAAAUCUUUGUGGAUCAACAAGAGAAGACAGGCAUGGAGGUCUUAAAGAAGAUCAAUGUCUCACCAUCUACGGAUAAGAUGUCAUCUGGCAUGAUGGAGAUGAUGCUGGAGCUACCAUGUCAAGUGAAAUCGGCAGCCAUAUCCAUAGAAUAUGAUAAGGGGUUUCUACAUAUAGAUGAAUAUCCUCCUGAUGCUAACCAAGGAUUUGACAUUCCAUCGGCUUUGAUUAGCUUCCCCGAUCAUCAUGCAAGUUUAGAUUUCAAAGAAGAACUCAGCAAAUCGCCCUUGUUUUCAAAAUUAAAGGAAAAAUCAUUAGUGCGCUCUUACACAGAAGUAUUGCUUGUACCUUUGACAACCCCUGAUUUUAGCAUGCCUUACAACGUAAUCACGAUCACAUGCACCGUUUUCGCAUUGUACUUCGGAUCAUUGCUCAAUGUUCUCCGUAGACGAAUAGGUGAAGAAGAAAGGUUUCUCAAAAGCCAAGCAGGAAAGAAAACAGGUGGGCUUAAGAAAAUGUUAUCAAGACUCGUAGCUAAGAUUAGAGGGAGGCCAAUUGAAGAACCAUCAUCAUCGACUGAGUCACCUGAAGCUCGAUCUUCAGUCUUUUCUAGUAAACUUUUCUUCAAAUUCAUAUUAGUUGCAGGAGCUGCUGCAGCUUGGCAAUAUUUUUCCACGGACAAGUAGGCUCAGAACUUUGAGUAGACACCAGUUGUACCAUAUGUAUAACAAAGACAUCACUAAUGAACUGCAUUUUAAUGGCGUUUUGCUGACUCCAGUCUCUCUUCGUGCAACAUCUUUAAGUCCCCAAAGUACAUCAAAGAAGAGACCCUACUGGAAUUUUACCAAAGGCAUCAUCCAUGUUGAGUUUUAGUUUCUUGAGUGAGUGCGUAUCUUCACACAAUAGCUUUCUCUUGUUGCAUCUAGAGACCAGAGGUUCACCAACUGAUGAAAAUGAUAAGUCAGAUUUAAACUCACAAGUCAG